UCAGCGGAUUUACCUGUUAACGGACGUGUUUUCCCAGCAAAGUAACUGAAGUUUACGACCGUGCGCCAGUGUGUGUGUAUGUGUAUGUGUAUCUGUGUCUUUGCUUAAGUAUAUGUGUAUGUGUGUGUGCAUUCAAUUAAUUACAAAAGCAAAGCAAUUGAAAUGUGAAUUUAAUGAAGGAAUGCAAAUAGCUGCGUGAUAAAGCAAAAGUGCAAAAGUUACAAAAAGUGCAACGAAAACAACAACAACAGCAGCAGCAGCAACAACAACACAAACAUCAGCAACAACAAGAGCAGCUACAACAACAACUACAACAAGCAGCAGCGCAAGGUGCAGACAAGAUUGGUUGAAGCUCUAACGUCAUGGUAUGAAGGAGCCGGCGAACACUUUGGAUGAAAUUGUGCCCAGCAGGCUGACGUCAGCCGAACUGAGGGCGAUGGCAUUGCGACAACAGCAGCAAAUCGACAGCCAGCACCAGCUGCUGGCCACAAAGGAGCAACGAUUGCGCUUCCUCAAAUCACAGGAGGUGCGCAGCGCGGUGGCAAGUGCCGAGGGGGAGCGACUGCGUCGACUGAGGGAACGUGUCGAGACGCAGGAGUCCAAAUUGCGACGACUACGCGCGCUGCGGGGUCAAGUGGAUCUGCAGAAGACCUACAAUGUAACACUGAGCAAUGACUUGGACUCGAUUCGGGCGCUCUUCAGUGAGAAGGAGAAGGAGCUCAGUCUGGCGGUGGCCAAAGUGGAGGCGUUAACUCGGCAAUUGGAGGAGCUGCGACGCGACCGACGUUGUCCGGUCAAUUUGUUGGCCACAAACGGCAAUGGGGCAACACAAGCAUUGCCGCCACAGGCGUCACGGGAACUCGAGAAGCUGCGACGUGAAUUGAUGUAUCGCAAUCAGUUGUCCUUGCAACAGGAUGCGCGUUUGCACAUGCAACGUGAGGCGUUGCAACAACGUCAAGCGGAGCUGCGUUCGGUGGAUCAACGCAUCUACGAGUUGCAGACACGUCUGCAGCGCAAGAAGCAGGCCAACACACAUCACCAGCAACAGCAGCAACAGCAGCAGCAACAGCAACAACAGCAGCAACAACUGCAGCAGCAGCAGCAACAGCAGCAGCAACAACAACAACAGCAACAAUUGCAUGUUCAAUCAGCUCAAUUGCUGGCAGCAACAGCUCAACAGCAACAACAGCAGCAACAACACCAACGACAACCUGCAACACCCGCCUCCAAUCCCAUGUCCAAGCAUGGAGGCGUGGCCGCACUCAAGCAACAGUUGCUGCAGAAGCAGGUGAACCAACUGGCAGCAGCUGCUGCUGCCGCCGCUGCUGGACGUGCCGCAGAGCGUGCGAUUGCACGUGGCAGCGUCAAUGUUGCCGCCGUCGAGCCGUUCAUACACACGCCACAAAAGUCGACGAUAACAACAACAGCGAGCUAUCUGAACGCGGGCAACAUGCUGAAGCAUGCGGCAGCAACGGCCAACACGAAUCAACAGAAUCAGCUAAUACAGGACUUGAGUCACAGCCACGUUAAGUUGACUCAGGGUCAAGGAUUCUUUCCCACGAGCAGCAAUAGUGUUGGUGCGGGGAGUGUGGCGCCUGCAACGCCCGUUGGCAGCAGCAGCAGCGAGAGCGAUGAGUCCAAGUUGGCCAAGAAGCUGCUGACGGCGGGUGGCAACAACAACAACAGCAGCAACAAGGUCAAAACGGAGGCGGAGUUGCGCAAACAGACUCAAAACGAGGCCAUGGACAGCACGACGCACAUCUACGCUGAAGUGGGACCCAAAAAGCGGGACAGAGAGGCAGCAGCAGCAGCAGCGGCAGCAGCAGCGGCAGCAGCAGCGGCAGCAGCAACAGAGGCAGCAGCAACAGCAACAACAGCAACAACAGCUGCCACAACUGCAAGUUCAGCAAUUCAAUCCAAGAUACCCAAGAGCAUUUCCAGCAGUAACAGCAGCUCCGCCUCCGCGCUGAUCAACAAGCUGAACCAACAGGCAACAAGUUGUGGCAAGGAUGCGCAGCAGGAAGCGGCGAAAAAGAAUGAGAUAUCGGUGACGAGUGAGACGCUCUCCGAGCGCAACACGCAACAGCAGCUGACGGUGCACAGCAUGCCACUUGGGGCAGUCAGCAAAUCGGUGGCCACAAAGCCGUUGCAAGUGCAGGUGGCAGUGCCGCCACGCAAGCCCAUCAGCAGCGUGGCGCCCACAUCAAUGAGCAGCAGCAACAACAGCCACAGCAACCACAGCAACAACAACAGCGCUAUUCCCAAGAUGAUCACCUACAGCCCCAAAGUGAAUCGUGUGGCGCCCAACGUGGUGUCGCCACCCGCUGAUCCCCGUCCCGCUCUGCCACCCAAGCCAAGUAAAAUGUCGCCCACAGAGUCACAGUCCAGCGAAUUGUCAGCAACAGUUGCUGCUACUGCUGCUGCUGUUACCACAGCAACAGUUGCUGGUAAAGCACAGCCAAGUUUCGGACUGCAAUCGUUAAACAUCAAUGACAAUUUGCCAAUUAAAGCCAAGCCAUUAACCAUACGCAAACAGCCGUUGUUCGAGCAGCCGCCCAGACUCAAGGCUGCCACGCCCAUAGGCCUUGGCGGAGGCGUGGCAAAGCCCUCCAAUCAGCAGCUGUUGCAACGCAAACCGGAAACGCAGCAAAAGGAGCCGCUGCGUCCAGAGGCGAACAGAGGCAACUCUGUGGAGUCGCCACAACACUCGCCCAACAGCAACUCACAGAGCAGCUCCAGCGUGGAUGAAACGGAUCGAAUGACCCUCGCAACAGCACAAACUGAAACCAGCAACAACAACAACAGCAACAACAGCAACAACAACAUUAAGGAACGCGCUGUCAACAAACCAAAAUUGGCGCGUCGUGUGAGCUUUGAUCCUUUGGCUUUGUUGCUGGAUGCCAGCUUGGAGGGGGAACUGGAGCUGGUGAAGAAGACGGCGAUGCAGGUCGCCAAUCCCAGUGCAGCCAACGACGAGGGCAUCACGGCUCUGCAUAAUGCCAUCUGUGCCGGACACUUUGACAUAGUCAAAUUCCUUGUGCAGUUUGGCUGCGAUGUGAAUGCCCAGGAUUCGGAUGGUUGGACGCCUUUGCACUGCGCCGCCAGUUGCAACAAUUUAUCGAUGGUCAAGUUUCUGGUGGAGAGUGGCGCCUGUUUAUUCGCCUCAACGUUGUCCGAUCACGAGACGCCAGCGGAAAAGUGCGAGGAAGACGAAGAAGGUUUCGAUGGCUGCUCGGAGUAUUUGUACAGCAUACAGGAAAAGCUGGGCAUCCUGCACAAUGGCGAUGUCUAUGCGGUUUUCUCGUAUGAGGCGCAGAAUAGCGAUGAAUUGAGUUUUCACGUCAAUGAGCCGCUGAUCGUGUUGCGCAAAGGCGACGAUGCUGAGAAUGAAUGGUGGUGGGCACGUAAUGCCACUGGCGAUGAGGGCUACGUGCCACGUAAUCUGCUUGGGUUGUAUCCACGAGUGCCGCCACAGUCGCCGCAUUUCAGCGAUUAGCAGUUAAUACGCUUCACCAUACUCAAGAGAAAGGCUGGCCGACUUGUCCAGAAGCGUUACAUAUCCAAGUAUAUCUGAUGAGAAGAGCAGGGAAGCCAAGGAGCAUGCAAGGAUGCCAAGCACGUGCACAAGUCCCUGGCCAACGGAGCGUAUUAGUUAUGAGCUGGAAUUAUUUAUGAUAGCUCGUGUUUUUCUUUCCUGUUUACUUUUUGUUCGAAAAGCCACAUGAAGGAAAUCAGGCGCACUCACACUCACACUCCCACACACACACCCUCACACAAACACACACACGAUGCCAUAUGUCUUAGCCUCUUCAUAUGGUUAGAUAUUCGUGUGUGUUGCCUUGCAAUUUGUGGGCCAUCAAAUGUGCAACAUUUGCUGGCUCCCAAGUCAGUUAUAUAUUUAUCACAACGAUGGAGCAACGAACGAAGCCACAAUUAGCCACAUUUCAUGGAACUCUGACGUCCUGCACACGUACAAUAAAUUGGAUUUCAUUUAAGACCCUUAGAUUAAGGCCUAGACUAAUAACUUAAGCAAUAUUCCCCGACCAACCCCUCCCCCCACUAUCACAUCCUCAUUUUCCAUGCCGCCCCUAAAAACAACUCGCCACAAAUUGCUUCAACUUUGUGCAUAAGCCGAAGCGGAAACUUAAAUUGAAAAUUAAAUUAAAAUUUUAAAUAACAUCUUGCUGCACUCAAAGUGGAAAAUUGUGGAUAAACGAGUUUGUUAAUUGCCAGCAUAUCAAGUUAAUUGGUAAAAUACGAGUAUUCAACAUUUGCAAUACACACAUUUUACACAAACACAAUCGAAUGUGAUUUUUGUAUGUAGAAAGCGACAAAAUCGAAUUAAAAUAUCCUUAUAAUAUAUUAUAAUUAUUAACUAAUAAUAUUGUAAUAACUUUAAUAAUAAUAUUAAUAAUAUUGCAUGAUGUACAGUACUUACAAACAAAAACUGCUUCUUUAUCAGCUUAAAAAUCUUAAUAAAUACACUACAAUUUAUU